UCUCUUUCACAGAUUGAAAAUAUUUCAAGGACUUGGUUUCGGUGAAGUCGUCAAUCUCCGUUUAUCGUCAACGUUUCCACAGCCCUCAGAAUAGAAAUUUCCAACAAGCCAAAGCCUACGUAAUGAAGGCAAACACGAUGUUUAUCAUUCUGUGCCUCAGCCUCUCCACUCUGUGCGUAAGUUCACAAUCUACCUCUGUACAUGGGAAAAUCUUCGUCCCCAACAGAGCAGUAAAAUUGUCAUCAGAUGGAAACUAUCCUUUCGAUCUUUCUAAAGAAGACGGCGCUCAACCCUAUUUCAUGACUCCGAGACUACGCUUCUACCCCAUAGGCAAAAGAGCUGCAGGGGAAAUGGAGCAGUCGGAAGGACAAAAUCCUGAAACUAAAAGCCACUCAUGGAGAAAACGGUCUGUCCUAACGCCUUCGCUUUCGAGUCUUGGUGAGUCACUCGAGUCUGGAAUCUCGAAACGAAUCUCCAUCAACCAGGUGAAGGCUAUCACAGACAUGCUGCUUACAGAGCAAAUCCAAGCAAGGCGAAGGUGUCUCGCUGCCUUACGCCAACGUCUCUUGGAUUUGGGUAAGCGGGAUUCUGACGUCAGUCUGUUCAACGGCGACCUCCUCCCCAAUGGGAUGCAGCUGAAAACGAUAAGCAACCUCUUGGACUAAUGGAACAGUCUGUAAAGCGAACGACACAAACCCAAACGGUGUCGGUAGGGUCGUAAAACAUUAAACAUUUUACAACCAAAACUU